UACAAGUUUCUUCAAGGUUCGGCCACCCAGUCUAUAAAAGAUUUACAUUGACAAAAUACAGUUCUAUUAAUCUUCCAAUACCAAUUCCCAAGACUCUCACGCCUCUCCCUCCUCUUAUCAUAAAUCAUACAUCUUUUCCUUGUGCAAAAGGAAUUGCAAUCUCUGCAAACAAUGGAAGGAAACAACACAUAUGGUGCAUCAUGGGCUGAUCAGUGGGACUACAGCAACCCAGACCCUAUUCCUAACGCUGUGGACACAAAGAAAAAUGGAGGUACUUCUGCAAAGUACAAGCAAAAGGUUGGUGAAGGGCUUGGAAAGACUAAAGCUGUGGCUUCAACUGGCAUGAAGAAGGUGAAGGAAGGGACUACCUUGGGCUUUCACUGGAUCAAGGACAAGUAUCACAAGACUACCCAGAAGAAUAAACAGUCCUCUAAUUAUUAGUCCUAUAGUUUAGAUUGGAGAUUGGAGAUGUCUCUUCUUUUCUUUCUUUCUUUCCUCAGUUUCAGUUUCAUGUUGUUCAUGACUCUUUUCUGGAUUCGUUUAUUCAUGUGUACCAUAUA